ACCUGUGGCCUCGGGACACCACUCCCCUUCUUGCCGUUUUCCCUCCUCCUGGCUUCUUGUGCUUUCACAGCAACUGCCCUUAAAAGUAGGGGCUUCUGACAAAGCUCCUUAGUUUUUUUUGCCGCCUGUAAACAAUGUCGUGGCUGUGGUAGCAGUAUGUGGAGGUCGGCGCUAACUCUGUACCUGGUGUUGGCUGCGUGCCAGCCAUUGUGGGCUCAGACGGAAGUCUCGGUUUCAGCCGUCGUCCCUCAGAACUGCAGCCUGGAAUGUAUCCGACAGGGAAGACCUGAAUGUGAAUACUGCAGAGUGACCGGAGAUGACAUUAAGAAGAAAGUGGGUCUUAGCUCCAACCAUGGCUGUAUCCCAUGGCCUUGCUUGGAGCUGCUCGGGGAUGAAGACCCAUCAAUCUGUGAGCAUUACGUCCAAGCACCGGACGACGUGAAGGUCGAGUUCGUACACGAGUCCAACCCUAAAUCUGACUCCGUCAUCGUCUCCUGGAAGCCCAGCCACUACGGAAUUGCCUUCUUGCGAGGCUUUCAAGUUUCUGUGCAGGCUUUGGGAGGGACUGCUGUUGCCUGUCAGUUGUUGCUCUUCAGCCGUAACGUCUCCCUCUCUGCCACUCAUGCUCAAAUGUUCUACAAGUCGGACCCAUUUCCCGGCCUCUCCUUGGGAUCCCAAUAUGCCGUUACUGUCAUGGCCUUGCCAGUUCCUGAGCAAUGGGACAAGUUUUACCAAAGUUUCUACUUCAAAACUCGCUCAUGUGCAGAGAAGAAUGGUUUGGAGCAGUGUAAGCAAGACUGGUACCCGCAGCAGGUUGAGGUCAAGCAGGACGGCUCUGUCAUCAUUGUGACUUUUAACUUGGCUCCACCAACCAUGGGGAUCAGAAGGUACUUCUGUCUUUGCCGUGGAGACGGAGAAGUGAAAUACACAGACAUAAUUCUGGAUUCCUUAGAAAACAAAACCCACCACAGUUUCCAGCUGAAUGGCCUUCAUAAAGGAACCAACUACACCUGCGAGAUUGCUGCUAAGGAAGUGGACGCAGUAAGAAAGCGCUUCAAGAUUUCUGUCCAGAAAGAGAUUCUUCCCUCUACUCCUCCAUCCUCGGCUGUGGUGUUAGCUGUGUGUCUGGCUGUGGUUGCUGUUUUUGGAGUUCUACUCGCUGCUCUCAUGUGUUGGUACAAGAAGAAACUCGAUGCAAACCCAGAAAUCGAUAAACUGAAUGAAGAGAAAGAUACCCUUAAAGAACCGGUGGUGUUACCUUUAAACAGGCCGACCCCUCCGCGUCUACUGAUAUGCUACAGUCGCUAUGACGGAGAGGCUCAUGUCAAAGCCGUCAUGCAGUUGGGAGCCUUCAUACAGCAGCACAUGGCGACCCAGGUGUGUCUGGACCUUUGGGACUAUCUGAGCAUUGCCGAGGAGGGAAUUAUGGCCUGGUACUGUCGGCAGAUCCGGGAGAGUGACUUUGUUCUGGUGAUCUGUUCUCCGGGACUCAGGCAGAGAUACGAUCCAGAGAAAAAGGAACCAGUAGGAGACGAUGAGUCUGUACCAGAGGAAGCCCAGAACCUGGAGGACCUAACAGCUGAAACGCUAUCGGCGCUGACAGUAACACAGAUCAAAAAGGUGCRUUUGCUUGUGGACGAGGCAGUGGAGAAAACUGACCGGGAGAGGGUGAAGCUGGAGGCGGAGAGGUUCGAGUAUCUGAGGGAGAUCGGCAACCUCCUGCAUCCAUCUGUACCGGUCAGCAAUGACGAGGAUGCAGACAACAAGGUGGAGCGUACCUGGGGCGACUGCAGCGUCCAGAAGAAGUACUCUCACGUUGACCUGGUGGUCAUGAUCGACGGCUUUGACGGAGAGAGAGGAGCCGUUGUGGCUGGGAGCAGAGGUUACUUUUUAAAGGGGCCCCUGGUGUUCCUGGAGCAGGCUCUGAUCAACUACKCCUUAAGAAUCCUCCACAGCAAGAACUACAYCRUKCURUACACGCCGUUCUUCAUGAGAAAAGAGGUCAUGCAGGAAGUGGCCCAGCUCAGCCAGUUUGACGAGGAACUUUAUAAGGUGAUCGGUAAGAGCAGCGAGAAAUCAGACGACAGCUCCAUCGAUGAGAAGUACCUCAUCGCCACCUCGGAGCAGCCAAUCGCCGCCUUCCUGAGGGAAGAGUGGCUGAAGCCUGAGGACCUGCCCAUCCGCUACGCCGGCUUCUCCACCUGCUUCAGGCAGGAAGUGGGCUCCCACGGAAGGGACACCCGCGGCAUGUUCAGGGUGCACCAGUUCGAAAAGAUAGAGCAGUUCGUCUACGCCUCCCCUUACGAUGGAAAGUCGUGGGAGAUGUUUGACGAGAUGAUCGGAACAGCAGAGGAGUUCUACCAGUCACUGGGAAUUCCUUACCGCAUCGUCAACAUCGUCUCCGGGGCCCUGAACCACGCGGCCAGUAAGAAGCUGGACCUGGAGGCCUGGUUCCCCGGAUCGGGGGCCUUCAGAGAGCUGGUCUCCUGCUCCAACUGCACAGACUACCAGGCCAGGAGGCUCCGCAUCCGCUACGGACAGACCAAAAAGAUGAUGGAUAAGGUUUAA